AAACGUCAAAAUGCUGCUAGAGGAUAGAACUUGUUCCUGACAGUCACCUCAUAGGUUUAUUCAUAAUCCAAUAAAACUGCUGAUGAUAUGACAUUUUGAAAUAAUGCCAAAUUAUUUAAACAAGUGCUUUUUAUUUUUCAAACAAUUUAAGAUGGCUAGGAUAAAGUGGUUUUUGAAAAAAACAUCUCUCUUCAAUUGGUUCAACAUUGGACAAAAAUGUAUGCGUCUUCAAAUUAUCAUUAAAUCUCUUUUUUAUAACGAAUUUUUGAGUUGGAGUUAUGUGUGCGAUAUUUGUCUGGAACCUAUUUUCUGGUUCGUUGAAAACUUUACAACUUCUCUUGGUCCAGUAUUCGUAGCCAUAGUCAGUCUUUUGAAGGUGUUUAUAAUAUUCAUAGCAUAUUGGAUUGGGCUACCAUAUUGGUGGAACAAAAGUCAUGCGACUACAGGAAUUCUUCUGAUAAUAGGAAAUUGGUUAUUGAUAAAUGUAUGUUUCCAUUACUACAUGGGUGUAAACGUAAUGGCAGGAUAUCCACCUCAAGGUGGUUUAAUCCCAGAGGCUGUGAGCAUUUGUAAAAAAUGUAUCAAACCAAAGCCACCUAGAACGCAUCAUUGUUCUGUUUGCAACAAGUGUGUUCUCAAGAUGGAUCAUCAUUGUCCCUGGUUGAAUAAUUGUGUGGGACACAAUAAUCACAGAUACUUUUUCGAAUAUAUGGCAUUUACUGUGAUGGGUGUUUUAUUCGUAAUGGCAUUCGGAUUAGAGAUUGCGUACGAAGAGUUCUUCCCUGACCAAGAUCCAGAAUUGGAUGGACACCCAGUCCGUAUCAAUAAUACUGUCAUAAUUCCAGUGAUUGAAUCCAUGGAUCACCUAACUCAGGAGGAGCGAGAUGAAAUUGCAAAGCAAGCAGCUGAACGAACUAUAAGCGAAUUUCGUCGGAAAUUGAUCAUUCUCGCGGCCUUGAUAUGCGUGGCGACACUUGCAGCUUUGGGAGCAUUAACUUGGUGGCAUGCAGGUCUUAUAUCGCGAGGAGAAACCAGUAUCGAAGCUCAUAUCAAUAGUACCGAAGCACAAAAGUGCAAAACCCAAGGCCAAAAAUAUCGAAACCCUUAUGAUCUUGGAUCCAGAGAAAACUGGAGGAUUUUUUUAGGACUUAAUGGCAGAAGUUGGUGGCAUAUACUUUUUCCUUCUGCCCAUCGUCCUUAUGGGAACGGCCUUACGUGGAAGACUGCUCACAAUAUUAAGAUAUCUUAAAGACAAACUCUGCCUCCUAGAUUAUCGUAUCUGCUCUCUUUUUGGCCGUCUGAGAUCCACGACAUGUCUCUGGUGAAAAUGGACCAAGGCGAUUACCAGCUUAAUUAUGGAUGAAGUAGGUAAUUUCGCCACCUUGUAUAUUUUGUUUUAUUUCUGGCUGUUGAUGCCGUUUCUCUUAUCUAUUGUUUUGGGAGUCAUGGAGUCCAAAAUCACAUCUGCCGUUCGAAGCAUGGACUUCAGUUCUCCAUUUCUCGCACAGGAGUGCAUUUAGCCACCCCGCUAGCCACGACUUUCCAAGGAUCGCUUUGCCUGCUUUUCGAGAAAAAGGAAAGGAACUUGGUCGAUGACUUGGUUCAGUGAGGCAGAGGAAGACACAACGAAGAGAAGAAAAGGCAAUAGGGCAGACCAAUGGAAACGAGCCUACAUGAGGAUCUCACUCUUGACCGUAGCAAUUGAAAUUACUCCUCUGCGCAUGACACUUAUUAUUUCGCCCAUCAAUCACGGUUCAUUGCUUUAGCAUACGCAGAUUUCGAAAUCAGUCUAGUUUGUGAACUCAAGAUAGGAACCACGUGCUCCCCGACGGUCCGCUGAUUAAUUUGUACGAAGGUAGGUUCUUCAUCCUUAUCUUUAUGGUUUAGCCAAUGAAUUAAGUCUUAAUUUAUUUAUUAUAUUGUUUGUUUUUCUUUUAAAUAAUUUUACUCCUUGGCAAAAUCAUGCCAACCUUUAUAUGAUUGUUAUUUGUAUUACUAUUAUUAUGUAUCUGUGAAAUAUUUUUUUUAACGGAUUGCCGAGUCCGAAAUCAUGUGCCUUACCAUUUUAUCUGAAUUAAACGGCAAUAAUGUGCUUUCAGUCUCCCAAUAUAUUCCUGUAAAAUUGUAUUGACUGAGAUCAUUCCCCUUUCCCCUAUAGACAAUUCAGA